AGUUUCGGUAACUCUAUCGGUCGGUUGUCGGUGCCAGUCUGCCCCGUUUCUCUCAGUUCAUGUCGGUGGAACAACGGCAGACAGUCCACGGCAGUCAGACAUUUAUGGAGGAACCGUGAAGUUUAACCGGAGAGGACCGGAGGAGAAGGAGGAGGACUUUUACCGCGGUAAGAAACAACUACCGAGAACAUUACUCAACUCUCUCAUUAGCGGUAAACUUUCGGAUCUUUGAUGCUCAGACGGAGAAAACUUUCCGAUAGCAGCGUUUCAGCUGUAGUGUCGUUAUGAUUUACCGAAGAAACGGAGUUAUUCGUUUUUAGUUUGGGACGUUACUGUGUUGUGGUCGUUUGCCCGCGAGCCUUUUGUUCGUGCGGCUCCGUUCCCAUGGUGAAGCUUCCUCAGCUCGCGAGACUCACCGGCAGGGGCGCGUCCACACUUACUGACCAGAAGAGGCCCUCCAGGGGCCCUGACAAAGACAGGGGGACCUGAAGUGUGUGCACACAUUAAAAUCUCCUCAGUUUGGUAACCUUAGGACACAGAGGCAAGAAUGGUGCACAUGGUUGAUGCAGCUGGAAAGCAGGCAGGUCCACACUAGUAUAACAUCUGCAGCAGUGAUCCAGAGAAACAGACUGGAUGAUGGAGCUCAGGGACUCCCACAAAAGAGGGAGAAUGCUGUGUGUUAGUGACUCAAAUGGGAUAUGAUGAACUGAAGUAAAUGAUACAGACAGAAAGAGGACAGAGAAGGAGGGGAAGGUGCUCACUGUGCCAGUAUCUUUGACAGUCUUAAAUCUAGAGCAGCAUUACUAAGGCCUUGUCCACACAUAGCUGGGUAUUUGCUAAAACAAAUACAUUUCUAUGGCCCGCCAUCCACACAAAGCUGCAGAUUCAUUAAAAACGGUGCUUUUGGAAAACUCCAGCCAAAGUUAAGAUUAUGGAAAACUCCGGUUUUGCAUUUGCAUGUGAACAUGGAUAACCAGAGUUUUAAGUUCCCAAACAUCAUUGUCAGUGAUAAUGAAAAGAUAAAUGUCAUAUACUAUGCGCUCUUGUUUGUGUCAGGUAGUGGACGGCACAGAUAUAAACAGAAUAUUUUUUGUGAGGAGCAAAGGAGAAGGAGUGCUUUGCAGUCAGUUAUUCUACACCAAAUAAACCUCCCUCCACCUUUCUUGUGUCUCGUUGACCUUAUACUCCCAAACUAUGCUUAAAAGCAAUUCCACCUCUUUGCUGGUUCACACCAACAAACUACACAGUGCUAUAUUUCAUGGUGUGGGAAGUGACGAUGAGAAAGGGAAGCUUGCUCUGAAAACUUUUUGGCAAAUACUACCAACUCAAAGUCUUGAAUGCUUAUAACCGCGGUCAAUAGCACAUUUAUGCGGUUUUGUGUGGAUGGGACUUUAUUUGAAAACAAUGAUGUGAGUAUGUGACUUUUUUUUUUAAAGGGAGGGGGUUGGAUAUUCAAUAAAUAGACAAAGAAGCUCUGAAGCAGCAUGAUGAUGGUGAUGAUAAUGUUGUUGCGGGGAUGAUGAUCAGGGUAAUAAUAAUGAUAAUGAUGAGGAUUUUCAUGAUUGUAUUAAUGAUAAUGAGAAAUAUUAAGAAUAUACAAUAGAUGGUCGUGACGAUGGUGACGAUGGAUCAAUGAUGAUGAUGGUUAUGUGUAUGAUGAUGAGUAUCAUGAUCAUGAUGAAGAUAAUGGUUUAACACUUCACAUAUGACUAACCUCAGAAAGCCAGUCAAACAAAAACAUCGAGGGGUCAUCAGGUUUAACUAAGAGAUGGAAACACGUUUGAAAAAAAUGUGUUUGAUCACAUGACCGCUGAGUCCUCCAUCUUCAUCUCUGACUGUCCACAGACCACUGUAUCCACUCCCUCACAUCAUUCCUCUGUCUUUAAUGAUACCAGGAAAUAUUUGGGAAAUCUCAGACAUGGCUCCUGAGGUUUAGGCUGAGCGAGAAGAAGAAACAGAAUCAGAGGUCUCUAAGACUGUCACAUAAUAAGUCUAGAGAUUUUGUGAACGUAUCAAUAACCAAGUCUUAAGUUGUUAUUUCCCAAUGCCUUUAUUUUGCCAUUUUUACUUCCUUGUUAGUGUUACUGCAUUUCCUGUUUAGGUAACAGAUAAGCGUUCAUUUUAAAAGGUUGUUAAAGAUACUUCCUGUGGAUGGGGAAGUUUAAACAGUUAAAAUGUUGAUUAUAUUUGUGCUUCCUGUACAGUUUUUAAUUCUGACCCUGUCUGUUGUUUUUCUCUAUCAACUAUACAACAGGUGACACCCCUGAUCACGCUCCUGUCUGCACAGGUGUACUUUAGCAUUGGAGCGUGAUGCUUGGAGAUGGAGGAAGCGGAGCACAGCCGCUACGUCACCCAGCUGAAGGCUGAGUUUGACAGCUGUGACACAACAGCCACGGGCUUUCUGGACCGAGAUGAGCUGACAGUGCUCUGCAGGAAGCUGCAACUGGACGCUCACCUGCCUCUGCUGCUGGACACCCUGCUGGGGGCACGCACCUAUGGCAGGGUAACAGCUAACAUAUGGUUUAAUCAUAACUACAGCACUUUUAGUUUGAGUGUAGUUAUUGUUGAAAAGAAGCACAGGGUGGUGUUUUAGUCCUCAGGUUUCUUCCUGCAGGCUUCCUACAGACGGAGAAAAUGUGAGCACUGACUCCCUCAGUCUGUUCUGGACUCUGUCCUUGUGUUUAAAAUGACAGAUAUUUGAUGAAUACACUGAUAUCGGUCUAACAGCUGAGAUUUUAUAGCACUGAGCUUGACCUGUUUUAUAAGGGUUAGGAUGAGGAACGAAAAGAGGUGGAUUUUAACUGUGAAUGUGCUGAGUUGACCUGAAUUAUCUGUGUUUUGUGUGGCCUUCAGGUGAACUUUGAGGAGUUUAAAGAAGGCUUUGUGGCCGUCCUGUCUCGCUCGCUAGACUUCAGCACAUCAGAGGAUGACAGCAGCUACAUGGACCCAGGUAAGACUGCAGCUGAAAAUCUGGUCACCACUAGUUUCAGUCCUUCUCUGCCUUCACUGUGUAUCAUCUCGAAAAACAGCCACACACUGAAAUUGUGCACAAGCACACACAAAAACACCACUUAAUACUGUUUAAAUCAGCUACAAUAAGUGUACUGAGGCAUGAAUGUGAAGAACUAAUUAAUAUUGUGCAGUUCAGUACAACCAGACAGUACAUUUUCAUGAUUACUGCAUGCUUUGUUGGAUUUUUAAAUUCCUUGCUGUGCAGCAAAACAGUGAAAGAAGUUUUUUCUCUGUGGUUGGUUUUGAUAGAAAUUAACCAGCAGAGAGGACAUGUAAAUUUGUGUGAGUUCAAUUUCCUGCAGGUCAGAAGGUUCUGAGUCUUAUUUACAAAACAGUGAGAAGAAUUCAUUCUGAAAGUGUAUGUACACCCAAAAUCAAAAUUACACACACCAAUAAUACUGUAGGUCCUAAAAUAAAGACUGUUUUAUAAUCAGCAGCAGGGCGCCUAAUUAUGACCAGAGUCUUAAGCUUUACGAGUGAAUUAAAGCAGGAUUUCAGUCAUUGGCUUGAACAGUUUUAUAUGUCUUUCAUAAAAUAUGGAAAUAUGAACAACAUUGUACUGGUGAGUUCACAAUGAUCACACUCCACUAUCCACACAUCCUGUGCACUUAUAACAUAAACAUACCAUCUCUGUGCAGUUUGCUACAGUUUUUCAUUUUUUUGUGACUGAGAUUACCGUUAACUGUUAGCAUCUCCUCCCUCAGGGCUCAGAGCUGCUCUGUGAGCUCUCAUCCUGACGGUCCGUCUCUAAUAAAAGCCUGCAUUUUAUAAAGGCCUGGUACCUCAGACAGUUACAGCAAAUGAAAGAUUGGGCCUGUGUUUGAAGAUUGGCAGAUUCAUAAUUAUAAAACCCUGUGCACACACACCUACACGCUAUGUUACCUGUAUAAACCAUGCUUCACCUGUGCUGUAUGUAUGUGCAGGUGGUUCAGCCUCAUACUUGCCUUCUACAUUCCCACAUUCCUCCAGAGAGGGUCAAUGCAGAACACUCUGAAUGAAAAUGCAUUGAAGUGAGCCACAGAUCCCAGGGUCCACAGUGAAUCACAGGGACGACUGAGAGGGAGACACAUACAACCUGUCUGCAUCACUCUGUCUCUCUGUCUGUCUCUCUGCAGUUGUCCCUGAGGAGGUGAAGCCAAAGUUUAUAAAGGGGACAAAGCGUUACGGCCGUCGCUCUCGUCCUGACAGUAAGCCUGACUCCACGCUGACCUGUGACUCGGAGGACUCGCCACAGUCCAGGAAUGAGGCCACGGACUCUUCACCUGCUGGCGUCCGCAGAGCCAAGCUGAGACGGUCGACGUCUCUGGAAAGCAUGGAGGUGAGGAGCUGCUCAUGUUAUCGGAGGUCUGACUGUGAGACUUAGCAGUUUGAUAUUUUAAUCUUACAGAACUGAUUCAUGACUUUUAUCUCCUGCCUCUUCUUCUUCCUCCUCUUCGCCUUCAUCGUCUCCUUCUUUUCCUCUGCUGUAACACUCAGACUAACAGAUGUUAGAAUAACUGAUGUGAGAAGCAGCUGUCCAGACUUAGCCCGGUGCUAACAGCAGAGCAGCGUACAGUCCUCAGUAUGAGAAUAAGGACUCACACUCACACAAUUUCACCCACCCACCCACCCAUCCCUGAGUAAAAACAAAGAUGGAGACACUAUGAUAAGAGGGGUCACUGUAUUUACAUCCACAAAGCAGAAUAAAACAUAAAAAACACAGAGAGCACUGUUAGCUCUCAGUCUGAGCGCAGCUGAGAAGAGCAAAAAAAACCUCUAAAUGUGAGGCUGAUAUGUGGAACAUGGAGCGAGAUUAAAAGGAGACAGUCAUGUUGCUCAGUAACUCUGUCUCCAGUAUAGAUGGAAAAAUGUGCAGUGGGAAGUAAGAUUAAAAAACAAAAAGAUCAGAUCCAUAAAUCCAUAUUGAUAGAGUUUGCAGUGUGAAUGUAGCUAUGGAACAUCUCACCCGAAACCUGAUAAACGCUUCCUUGUUCAGGUAGCGGCACACCGUCACAAUCUGUUAGUCCUCCUUCCACAUGAAUGAACCUCUGCUAUCCGUGGUUGACAUAUCUCAGCAGAGAGUCUCCAUGCUGAUUGGCUAUCAUGGUGAGAAUGAUUUGCUUGAGUUUAGAUUUUUCAACUCUAGCUGAGAAAGGGGAUGAUGUGAAUGAAGCAUGUAGCACGGUGAUUGCACCACUUCAUUCCAAAGGGAACGCAAAUCUUAUGUUGACUUUAUGUUGACUUUACAUUUAAUUUAGUUGCACAAAUUAGCAUAUAAUAAAAGAUCUUGAACAAUGAAAAAAAAAAAAAAAACCUUGACAAAGAGAAACUGACUUAAUAAAUUUUGUACGAUCACUGCCUUUAAUAUUAUGUCUAACUUUACAGGAGAUACUCUCGCUAAAGUGGUAAUAACACUGAGUUAAUUCUUUCACUUUUAUGGUAAUUUCACUGACCAGCGUUAGAUAUUAUCAUUUAUGUGUCAAAAACACUGGCUUAUAAAAAAAACCUCUCAAUAAUCUGACAUCGUACAGUCUGAUAUAGUUGUUUAAAAGAGUCACUAUGCCAAAGACAAUUAAAAUCAAUAAUGUAAUAAUAAUAUAGAGUUUUUUCUCAAAAAUAUUUUAAUUACACAGACUAAAGACUAAACACUAUUAUUUGAUUUUAACACUGACUCAAGACUAAAUACCGUCUAAAACACAUGAACACUGACUCAAAAGAAAGUAUUUCUUAUAUAUAAAUAUACUAAAGAAACAUGGAUUCAUUUUUGCGAUGAUAACACUGUCUUAAAGGUAAAAAAUACCGUCAUUUGUGUAAUAAUAUGACCGACUCAAGAGUAGAUGGCAUCAUCAAAAUGAUAAUUACUAGGGCUUACAAUUACAACCAUCUUUAAGUCAGUGAUUCUCAACUGAUGGGUCACUCACGGACCCAUUUUCAGUGGGUAGUGGGCAUCUGCCUGAACAAAAAAAAAGUAAAUAAAUUAAAUCCUGUGCUUUUAUUUUGAAGGGCACUGUUUAUGCAGCAGACUGUCAUCUAUUCAUACUCAUUAACAGCAAAUAAUCAAAGAAUGAGAUCAAAUUAAUACCUGUGACAAUGAAAAGAGUAGAUGACCGGCAUGAGACAGAAUAAAUCAAACUGUUCAUUCUUUCACAGCCUCCUGGGGUGAGAUGAAGUCAUAGAAAAUAAAGGUUCUUGUCCUGUGUGAGCUCUCAGCCUCUGCAGCUAUCAUGUUUGGAGGGUAUCCUUCCCUCUGAUGCUUCACUGACUUCCUGUUUACAUAUCUGGCUACUGCUGAUUGGACAGAGAUACAGAUAUUUCCAAGCAACAGCAUUAAACAAUAGCCAACUCCUGACUGAAGCUGAAGGUCUAAAUGCUGUGAGCUGCUUUUAUUAGUGUGUAUAAAGUGACAGAGCAGAAAACUGUCCAUCACAGCUGCUGUUACUCUGACCUCUGACCUCUGAUCAGAGCUGGCUGUGAUAGAGGAGAUGGUAGUGUCUCUGGCUAACACACACUCAUUCCUCUGAGUGUGUGUGAAUGGAUUCUUUGUGUGUUAGUGGGUUUCAGAGCUGGCUUCGGUGGGUUUCAGAUAUCCAGACUUGAUUCUGUGGAAGUUUAUGUAGCAAAGGCCCCGAAUACCUGAGGGGGGAGGAGUUCUGUGGGAAGGGGGAGGGGUUGGUGGUUUUGAGGGCGUCGGAGGUUUUUCAGGAAGUGGGAUUGUGAGGAAUGUGUCUGCUGGCAGACACUCUGAGCUGAUCUGACUGAGGCUGGGAGACUCUGUUUCUGUGGGUCAGUUUCACUUUAGCUCAGGAGGAAAAGAGCCAAUCAGCUGCUGCGAUUAAAACACAGGCUGCAGCAGAUGGACUCGUAUUCCAACACAGACGCAAACCUGAACACAGACCACAGCUCCACUGGGCUGGCCUCCUCAGACUCCACCCUCCUCCCCCUUCAUCUGCACACAGGGCAGAACUAUCCUGACUCAGGCCUUCUCACUUCGACUCCACAUGCAGGAGACAAAUGAAAGGAUUUGAAAACAUCAUCUCAGAUUUUAGAUUCACAUGUCCCCACCAGCUUAAUGAAGUUCUUCUGUGAAUGAUGGACUAAUGACUCUGUGUCUGCACAAUGAGUGGAGGACAGGCAGAGAAAAAGAGCAGAGGCAGACACGGAGGCAGAGUUGUGCUGCUGUUACAUCAUUGCAUCUCUGCUUCACUCUCUGUGUCUGUUGGAAUAUUGAAGAGUUUUUAUGUAACUCUGCUCUGUGAUUCCUGCAGAUUAAACCCCACCCCCUCCCUUUCUCUCUCUGUCUUUCUCUCUCUCAGUGGAUUUCUCUCAGCUCCAGCAGCUAAAAUCUCUGUACAUGCUUCACAUUUCAGCGUUUAGUCUGUUACAUAAAGAGCUUAGAGAGAGAGAGAUGUUUACAGCCUGAGCACAGAAACAGAGGGUUUCGAUUGGUGCUGUUCUGUUAUGGCUGCAAAGUUUGUUUCACAUAUUUCAACAACUUGUCAAAGGCUGUUAACUGUUUCCUGCACUUCAGUCACAGCAGUCUGGGUAUACAGGAUGUUAAUAGUGAGCAGUUAUAUGUGCAGUAUGAGAGGUAGGUCCUGUAUGCACACGAGUCCACAUGGCUGAAGCAGCACCAGAGUUCAGCAGUCUGGUUUGACAGCCUCUGUGCAGAAGCUGCUCCUCAGCAUGGUGGAUCACUUCUAUCUGAGGGGAGAGGGGGCUGUAGAGUGUGUGCAGGGUGGUCUGCAGUCCUUUAUGAGGCAGGAGCUACUUUUUCUGCAUCUAGCUGUCGUUUGUGGUGUGCAGCCCACAAUCCUCUGAGCAGCCUUCACUGCCCUCUGCUGGGAUUUUGUCCCUGCAGCCCAGCAGGUGCCAUACCACACAGUGAGGCAGGAGCACAGGACAGGCUUCACCACCUAUCUGCAGGGAGCAUGCAGGACUUAGCCUCAGCCUCCUGAGGUAAUGAAGGUGUGAGUGGGUCUUUCUAACCAGACAGGAAAUAUCUCUGCUAAGGGUUUGGUCCUCAGCAAGGCGAAGGUCUAGAAACCUGAAACUGUAGACCUCCUUAGGUCGAUGGAUGGAUGGAGAACUGGCUGAAGGAGACAAAGAAAACCUGACAGAUCCAGCCUUUAAAGAACUUAUCCUUUGAAGAACCCAGUCAUUGAAGGACUCAUCCUUUGAAGGAACCAGCACUCAGGACCAAGCCUUCAAAAGCCACAGCCUUUGAAACACCCAUCCCUUGUGAAACUUUGCCUUUUAGAGACCCAGUAUUUAAAUCGUCCUGCUUUUUAAAGGUCCUAUUCUUUGAGAGACAGCCUUUUAAGGAUCCAGCACUUGAAGGAACCAGCCCUUGAGAGACUCAGCUUUUGAAGGACCCAGCCUUUAAAGGAACCAGCACUUAGAAGACCAAGCCUUCAACAGACUAAGCUUUUGAAAGCCACAGCCUUAGUUUGAAACAUCCAGCCCUUGUGAAACUUAGCCUUUUAGAGACCCAGCCUCUAAAGGGUCCUGCUUUUGAAGGACCCAGCACUUGAAGGAACUAGCUGUUGAGAGACUCAGCUUUUGAAGGACCCAGCCUUAUAAGGGCCCAGUUUUUGAAGGGCUUGACCUUUAGGAGACAUUCUUUGGGGAGACUCAACUUUUGAAGGACCCAGCUGUUGUGACCUCUGUAGACCUGUGUUGUCUUUCUUGCUGCUAUAUUGGGUUACAAAACCCCUUCCUUGAAGCUACGCAAAGGAUUGCUCCUGGGCCAACUAACAUGGCGUCUGUUGUGCGCGCAUCUGUCUUUUACAACAUACAGUUUUGUGUAACAGCAUAUUACUUGGCCGUUUGUGAGCCUGCCUCAUUGUUUUUUUUUCAUGCACAAAGUGUUAUGGGAGAUGUUACGCUCUGUAGGAUGUACCACAUGCAGCCUCUACUGUCUGGGAAAAUUAGGACACAUUUAUCAGCCUUAAAAAAGGACAGCUCUUGACAGUUCCUGUGACACAUUGGAUGUACAAAUGCAGCCUCUUAAGGCAGCAGCCCCAGCAGAAUGUGUCCUAUAUUCCACUGAGACAGAAGUUUAUGGUGAGAUUGUCAGGUCCAUGAAAUCAGCUGUAUCACAGUGAGGUUAUAUCCUGAAAGCUGUGGGUUUGAUUCUGCAGAGCAUUUCUCAGUGAAUGACAUCUUAACAGAAACAGAGUUGGUUUUUUGUGUCAUCUCUCUAAGUACAAGAACACAUUCACAGAAGCAUGUUGUGUUAGAAAUGAUAUGAGUCUGUGUUUGAGUUUCUACAGACAUGAUUUAAACUUAAAAUCAGAGCUGAUGUUAGAGAAAUAAGGUCUGAAAACAACAUGGGAAAGGAAAAAGAAACAGCUUCACCCAUCCAUUCAUUCAUUCGUCAUCUGUGCCACUGAUUCUAGGACUUAGGAUCAGCAGCUGAGAUAGAGCCUGUCUUUGGACUGUGGAGUGGUACCCAGUCUAAAGAUAAGCAGAUGUCAAGCUCCGACCUCUCAUUCAGAUUUCAAUUAGACAUUGUAAAAGAUCAUAUUGUAAAUAAUUAUAGGAAUAAAGCUGCAGACCAGUCUCUGUAUGUGAAAACUACUGCCAGACACACACAGAGAAAAACAUACAGAGCAGACUCUAAUUUAGAGUCUUAACUCGGUGUGACAGAUGUGUGCUAGCAGUGUCAAAUGGGACUGAGGUCUCUAGCUCUCUGUCAGUGACACGUUAAUAAUCGCUCUCUGAUAAUGCAGUAACUCAACACAGAGACUUUCACCUACCCUACCAACACAGCAACUUUUUCCAGCAACUUAAACCUCCUUCACCAACAUAACUGACCACACAGCAAAUUCACAACAUCUGUACAGAGUAGCUACACUAUUGUACUGAAAAGACAAAUGCACAUAGUAAUAACAUGUAGCCUCUUCAUCUUCAUUAUUUACUCUAUUGAAUAUUAUUUAUUGUGUACCUUUUUUUCCCCUUUUUUAUUAUUUAGUUAUUAUUCUUUUAAGAUCCUCAUGAUCAUUUUUCAUAUAUACAUCCACACUCAGAGUUAAUAAGAAAAGUUGGUUGGUUCAUUUUAUCAUUUAAGAUUAGAUUUAAGAUUUUUAACAAAAGCCAAAUGGAGGACCCAUGUGCAGAACUCAAAUGUUAAAUUGAAUAAACUAAACUAGAGACAACAAAAACUUACUUCAACAGAAAAUGGCCAACUGAAAAAAUUAAAACCAAAAAACAACAGGAGCAAAGAAAUUCAAAGAAACAAAAGGCGCUGGGAAACCACAAGGACAGGCUUAGAUAUUAUGGACAAAGACAGGGACUUUAUGUACACAGGGUAACAAGCAAUGAGGGACAAGGACAGACACUUACAAAUGAGGUCAAAUUAAACCAGACACACAAGGAGAAGGAACUACAAAAUAAAACAGGAAGUCAAACUAAACCAGACACACAGUGACAGAAACUACAAAAUAAACAGCAAAAACUGAAAACAAACCAGGAGAGUAAAACGCUAAAAACACAAGGAGAACAGGAUCAAAGACAAACUGAAAACACACAUAAAACAGGAACACAAGGGACAGAAACUCUAGGGAAAAUACAGGUUAAAUUAUAAAACCAGGAAAUACUAAAUUACAAGAACCUACUGUGACAAUUACCUCCCCAAUAAUUAUUACGAUCAAAGGUUCACUUUCUCAUGCACAUCCUGACACAGGGGGCUAUGCAUGCUAAGCUCUGUAACGUGACUACCAGGAGUCUAUAGACUUCAUAGAUGUAUAUAUCCACACAGACACACACACACACUGAGGGACAUACUGGUAGCGACACACAGAAACAAUAUGGUCAGUCUUGCAGAGGUAAUGACCGCUCAGGAAUUCCUUCUGAUCACAGUUUGGCUUAUUGGCAUUGCUGCAGACGCACACACACUCAUCUGCACUCACACACACAACUCCAUAAUUUUCUCUCCCAGCACCCUAUUGUCCAAACUGCUCACUCUGCUGUUUGUUCAGUAAAGUUUAACGGGCUGGUUAACACAGAUAAACACACACACACACACACACACACACACACACACACACACACACACACACACAGACAAACUCUAACUCUGGCCUCCAUGUUUUCUUUGCAGAGCCUGAAGUCUGAUGAGGAGUCAGGAAGUCAGAAGGAGAACAUCCAGCCAGACUUUCAGAAUAAAGGUACUCUCUACUCUGGUGUGCACUCUGAUUUGGACUCUUGAAGUGUAAUUAUAGCAUGAACAGGGUCAGUCUGAUUUCACUUUAGUUCAUACAGGGUUUUUUCUUGUAGUCUAAACAGCAGCUCUGCAUAGUGAAGUGUCUCCUCGGUGAUCUGUGCGUCCAGAUUUUGGGUCAAACUGAAGACAAGCUGAUUAGUCCUACAUAAACAUAAUAAUUGAGUUUAGAUACUUGAGGGGCUAAUCUUUAACUUUAUUAGAUAAUUCCACUAACAAUUUAGAGCCCCACUGUCCAGAGAUAAUAUUCAGGAUAAUAUUCACAACAUGUUUAUUUAUGCUCUGGUUAUGUUCAUGUUAAAUGUUUUUAAUUAAGUUUGUGUGUGUACAUGUGUUUGUGAUGUGCAGGUGUUCAGGACAGGGUCGCAGAGCUUAGUGUCGUUGGAGGUGGAGUUUGUGCUGGAGACAUCCCGUCAGCAGUGUGUGGUCAUGGUCUGACGCAGAUCAACGCAGAAGUAGGAAAACACACGCACGCACACACAGGUUUUGACUUAUUGUAAUUUACCCUGAUGAUACCAGCUGAUUCCUAUAAAUCAGGAGCUGGACCUGCUGCUCAGGAAGCUGGACCCUGACCUGGAUGGCAGGAUCAGCAUCAGGGACUUCCAGAAGGUGCUACAUGGCUCCACCCCCAUCUCUUGCUCCACCCCUGUAAGAUCAGCUGACCUACAAAGGGCACCAAAACAGGUCAGAUAUUUAAAUAUACGAUUUUCUACUUAUGUGUUUUUUUUUACUAUUAGAAUUUUUGUCAUGGACUAAAAAUUCUGACUUCCUAAUAUUCUUUGAUUCUCCUGUAAAAGACUAUAUGUGUGAAUGGUAUAUGUUUCUUUCUAAGGCUAGUCAUUCUAAGGCUGCAGUGUGGAAGUGUUUUUUCUCUGCCUGUUCACUGUGGUUACUCUGUUGCUCAUCUCAGCACCUUCUCUUAGGUGGUUCGGAUGUGUGUGUGUUUCGUCACCACGAGUUUUCCUCUCUCUUUUACCUUCUUGUUGGUCUUGACAUUUCUCAUUGUUUGGAUGUUUUUCUGCAUAUAUAUAUCUGAACUUUUUCAUUUUGACUGUACAGCAUUUGGGUCAGCUCUUGGUGUAUUUAAAAGUGCUUCAUAAAUAAAUUUAGAUCAGGUUGUAUUUGAAAAAUUCUGAUGAAUUUUGUUAUUUAAAUUCAUCAUGUUGUAAAAAGUUUCUCCUUUGGGUCGUUACAACAGGCUGUUAGAAGUUUGUAUUUACAUUUGGCACUUUUUUGAGUAUUUCUGAGUUUUAAAACAGUUUAAGAUUGAAUAACAUCUAUAUCUGAGCAAACACAGAGAGAUCUUUUGAGUGUCAAAAUGUACAUGAGUCCCUGAAUGCAUCGUCAGAGCUCCAACCAGAAGGCUGUGCUGCAGCUGACAGUUAUCAGUGUGAUCAAGUCAACAGCAGGUGGACAGGUGUCUGCUCAGGCAGUAGAGCUGGUAGAAGCCGUCAUGUCCUGCAUGUCAGGACUGAUCUCAGGCUGCGGACUCUUAACCUGGGUCAGGACAGACAGGACUAUGGACUACAUCAAGACCCCCAGCUGCUCUCAGGUGACACUUGAACCCCCACACUUUGUCCUGAGUAACCACACCUGAUGCUGAAUCCAAAGCUUCAGCAGGGCUCAGUGUGUUUCCAUCAACUUUAAAGUCGAGAAUAAUCCCUGAUAGUGGAUCGGUCAGGUGUUCAGACAUUCACACAUAGCUGUAGUCCACCUGUAGAGCACGAGAAGUUUGAUUGGGUCGUCUAAAAACCGAGACGACCCAUGAGUUCAAAGUCUGUCAAUAUCAUGUCCUAUCAGCUGUUUUUAAUCAGGCCUGUUUCCGCAGCUAAGACUCAUGGGUACAAUCACAGCAUCUCAAAGCAUUCCUCUUAUGUAAGGCUCCAGAAUAGAAUAAAAACCAGAUUAGAGGAAUAAGAGUGUUUAUUUUAGUGUUUUAAAACUCUCAGCUGCUCUUUAUUGGGUAUUAAUGCACUCAUAAUCAGCUUUAAUACCACUGAACAAAAGUCUGUGAGCUGGUCUACUGCCAGAAAACUAAACUUAUUUGGUUCAAAGGAGUUUUUCUGUUGCUAUCGACUUUUUACACUAUGAUUAUGCUGACUGAUCCUGCAUCUGUUCAUGACUGAAGCUUUCGAGGAAGAGUCCUUUCAGAAUAAAAGAAUAAGAUUAAACAGACUGGAGGUGGAGUUGCAGGUUAGACCUGAUUGUUUCUCAUUGUUUCCUGGGACCCUUCUCAGCUCUCCACGAUGUGUUUAAGGUUUUUGUGCUGGACCCACGUGUCUCUGACUGAAUGUUGGCUAAUCCAGAUUAAAGUUUCCACAUCACACUGCUGAUUAGGGCUCUUUAUGAGGACCCUGAGAAAUCUUUGAGCCCUCUGUCUGUGAAACCUCCAACUCUGAGCCUCAUUUAUGUGGUUAAAAAGUAGCAGAGACCACUGUUAGCCUCUCAGGGACAUGUGGACCUCAGUCUGACUCUGGUUUCUGUCCUCCAUGCAGUCGGAAGCAGUGUCAGAGGAGCGCUCUGCUCGCUUCACCACCCCCUCCCUGCUGACAGCCACCGUGGGUCAGAGAGUCCUCAGCCGGCUGGAUGACGGCUCAGGAUGCAGCACCUCGGACCGAGUCAUCGCCCUGUGGACCGAGGAGGGGAUCAAAAACAGCCAGGACAUCCUGCAGGUAAGUGCAGAGCAGGACCUGUCAUGAGGCGGUGGGGUUUUAGUUUUCCUCUCUAUGAUGAGUUUUAAAAAGCUGAAAUACUUUUACCAUACUUGUGGAACUUAUCAUUUAAAUGUGCCCAGAGUCUGAACUGAAUUGGGGAAACAGGCUUUUUGUUAUGCUGCCCCCACAGCCUGAACACUAUACAAACAGAGCUGAAAAUGUCAGAACUGGUUUCAAUUAAAGACUUUUGAUCCAUUUUAUUCACUCAGCAGUGAGAAUCCCAUGAACAAUGCCUGUGUUUUUAAUUUGUAAGUAUCCCAAAAUGUUUGUUGUACUUUAACCAUGAAUUUGUAGUUGGUUCCCUUAUAUUUACUGAAUAUGUUACGACGUGCACUGCUGACCUCUUGGCCAGGUCGCCCUCGUAAAUGAGAUCAUGAUCUCAAUGGGAUUUUACUUGGUUAAAUAAAGGUUAAAUUAAAAAAAAAACAUACAUAGUGGAGACACAGUUUUGAGAUCAGGACCUCUGAAGGGAGACUUUAAAGUCUGUGUUAGUGCAGAACAUUUUUGACUUCAGUUCUUUCUCCAGACUGAGCUCUCUCUUCGAUUUUCUUAAAUGUUAUGUCUCAGAGGUUUUAAGUUAAGUUUGUGGCAUCACCACAAUCCAGCUAUCAGGAAAACAGUGUGAUAUUGGCAUUAUAUACCAGCUGCUCUCUCCUAAUCUGCAUCUGCAUCAGCCACUGAAAAAACUAAUUGGUCAACCACCAUCACCUACACAUCCUUAUGUUACAACGGCGAAAUUGCAGUCAGUUCAUACAGCGGGGGCUUGUUGAUGUUACAGUAUCACUUGGCAAAUGCUUACAGUUAAGAGCAAGUGUAGAUGUAGACAGGAGGAAAACUUCACAAGUGCCAAAAACUGUUUGAAGUGAGAGUGGGCAUAGUGCUGUUAUACAGUGUAUGAGGCAAUGCAUUUAACUUUCAAAGCAAUGUAUAGUUAAUUUUUAAAGUUAAUUUUUCCCCUUAAAUUAUAACGUCUCUCAUCAGCAUUAUAUUGCUGUGAAAAAUAUAUGAUGCAUUAUAGACUUAAAAAUAACAUGUUUACUUUUUCCAGUCAGGACCAGUUUUGCCAAAGAAAGUAAUCCUUUGCAUGCAUUGGUUAUAAUUGGCGGUUUGGCUCUUCUGUGGCUGCUCCCUGCCCUUCCACGAGCCUGCGGCAGGGAGAGCACCUCCCUUCUGUUUCAUGUGCGUGCAUGCAUGACAAACCACGGCAGGGAGAGCAGCAUCAAAAGUCCCAGAACAGAAGGGGGAUCAGUGACGAUAAAUAUGACACUGGUAAAAUCAGACACAUGUUAAAAAAGGAGGAGUUGGGUUUGAGGAGGGUUGCAAAGCGGCUAUAGAGGGAACAGCAAGAGAAAAGCAAGCUGAAGCUCAUGAUAAUCAGCUCUUUUACUGUGGGCUGAGCUUGACUGCGUCUUGUGCCUGAACUACCACCAUGCUCAAGAAAAAUGUUGUUUUCUUUUGUAAGUAGAGGUGGAUAAUUGAUCUUUAACACUUCCGUACAUUGAUCCCGACAAAACACUUAGACUAUGCAUCCCUGAUACAAAUGAUAGAUAUGAUAUGAUACAGUACAAUAUGGUUCAGUAUGCCAGGAUGUGUGAUAUAUAUGUAUGAUAUAUAUAACCGUACCUGAUAAAUAGUCCACAGUGAUGAAACCAUCAGGAUACAGUGACUUUGUUAAGGAUGAUUAACUGUCAGACUCCAUGCUGACUCAUUCUGGGGUAAACCUGACUCCACAUAAACUCAACUUAAAGCCAGAUCACCCUCUCUUUGACCUUUGACCUGGGCUCAGUGUGUCCUGCUCUGUUGGUCCUUCCCUCCUCAGUCCACAGAGUUUUUCGGCUGAGCUUUGUUUCAGCUCCUGGGUCUGUGGUUUUUUCUGGGUUUCCUCAGACCACAGCAGCUCCUCCUCAUUCCUCUGAUUCUUCAGAGGCUGAACAUGAGCUCAGCUCUCUCUGAUUCCUCUCAGACAAUCACAGUAACGCCCAGUUUCUGUGCCAGACCAGCGUGAGGCCUCGCCAACAGCUACAUGAAAUCAUAUCAGUAUAUCACAGGCUAGAAGAAAAACAAGAGGGGACUCUCCAGGAUCAGAUCUGACUCAUCAGCUCCGCUUUGAACUUAGUGCUAAACUGUUGGGGUUAGGAUUGAGCUGCAUGUGAAAAUAAUGAUACGGCAUCAAUGUGUACCAACAUGCUGUGCAUAAACAACACGUAUUGUGGUGUUUUUGAUGGUUUAAUGUCACAUGGAGCCACCAGCAGGCCUUAACUAAAAACUGCAGUCUGUCAGUAACAGAUUGGAAUCAGGAUCACCAUUUCUGAGGGAUUUAUCUUCAGUUUGACUCUUUGUACCUAUCCUGCUGUUUAGAUGUUUUUAAAGGUGCUAAAGACUGCUUCUGCUGCUCAUCAAUCGGUUUGAUAAUGCUGUUUAAAAAUAAAAAAACUGGUUUAAUAAUAAUGAAUUACAGUUCAGUCUCAGAUAUUUGUCUGAGGUGUAACUCGGGUCUUUUUCCUUCCUAUUUUCUGCAGACUCUGGACUUUCCCUUAGAGGAGCGUUUGAGUCUGGCGGACUUGACUCUGGCUCUGGACAAUGAGCUGCUGGUCAGCGGGAAUGGCAUCCACCAAGCGGCGCUCAUCUCCUACAAGAACGAGAUCCAGCACCUGCUGUAGGUUUCAAAGAUUUCAUACCAGACACAGUCAAAUAAGCACGACUCUGUAAGCCCACCUGUGUGCUCGUUCAUGGUCUACAGAACAUGGUGCAGACAUCAGGGUUUGUAGUCAAACAGUCAUCACUGAUGAUCUGAUUCCUCUCGGUAAAUAAAUAAUUCACUGUGUCACAGUUUAGCCAGCCUACAGUUGGCUUCGCCCUGUAUCCAAUAGGCCUGUCCUCUGGAUCAGAGUGAAGCUUGCUUGUCAGCUCUUAGCUCUGCUGCGGAAAUACCUUCAGAUUUCACAUUAUUAUACAACAGCACAUCUAGCUGAGAAAAACAAACACUUCUAUUUUCUAAUAUAGAUGUCCGGCUGUGAAGGUGGACCACUGAACCAGCAUCAGGCUUACCGCUACUAUAGUAACCAGCUACACUCCGAUCCCAAUCAGCUUUAUUUAACAAAUCAGUUUCAUUUCUAAGAAAGAAAUCAAAUUCAGACAAGUUUACAGCUAAUGUUUUUGUUUGAAUCAUUAUUAUAAACAUUUGUGAUCAACUAAAGGGUUAAAUGUUAGGAAACUCUCCACAGUUUCACGAACAAUUAAGUCUAAAUGUCAGGGAAUUCAAGCCAAGGACACAAGGAUGCUGUGACUGGAUACUUCCUGAAUGAGCGCCUGAAGCUAAGCAGCAGUGUGGACCACUCACAGGCUGUUCAGUGAUGUGAUGUUGCUCUGGUGAAGAGGGUCAGACUAAUCCAACUGCUUACAUGCCUUCAGGCUCAGUGCUGAGCUAGGCUAACCCUAAAGAAGGCGAUUACUCGAAAACAGACAAUUAGAGAGAGAGUUUAUAUUCCUGUGAUCCACCCUCAGUCUGUUGACCUGGACUAAUACCCUGUUACAUUCACUGACCAUCAACACAAACCAGUUACAGUAGCUGCUACUGGGGCAACGGGAGGUCAAAGGUCAGCACACAACUCAAAGCAAUCACAUAGAUUCUGUUUUUUGUUGGUUUGAGAUGCAGAUGCUUCCUUGAGCUGAUUCUGAUCUUUCAUGAUCAGAAUCAGAAUCGGCGUUACUGGCAAAGUGAGUGUACAUAUACUAUGAAUUUGACUUUGGGAAACUUUGCUCUCUAUAUAAAAACAUUAAACAUGAAAUGUUACAAAAAUUGUUACAAAAAUUACAAAAUAUGUAGGCUGCAAAUGGAAACUAGACAUUUUACUUGUAUUUAAAGACAGUAGUGCAAUGAUGAAGAGUGCAAUGGAAUAAAGAGUUGUUGUGAAAAAUAUACGUCUUUAUAUUGAGGUUAUGUACAUUAGGUAAAUAUACAUUGUGUUUUGAAGCACUAGCAUUGAAGAUAAAUAUUAAAUAUGGUGUGCAGAGAUCUGUGUCCUGUGAGAGGACUGUUAAAAGGUGAACUGUUCAACAAUUAUAAAUUCAUGUACAGUCACAAUAGUUGAUUUGUCUAAGUCACUGGAUUUUCUCUAAAGCUCAGAAAAGAUGGAUUAUUGGAUUAUGUAAUUAGAAUUAUUUCAGAUUUACUUUCACAGCACAGUAAAUAUCCAAUCAGUUAAUAUAGGAAUGUUUAUUUCAUCAUUAAUAUUGAUAUCAACAAACUACAACAAACUUGUUCGCAGGUGAUCACAGGUGUAAGAGACAGAAGAGAAACAAAGUUUAGAACUGAACUCCAUCAUAUAUUUCCUAUUUUGUGUGUGUGUGUUUUCAGGGUGUUGGCUGAGCAGGCCUGCAGGGAGCGGGAUAAGGUGAAGGCAGACCUGGAGCUGGCUGAUCACAGGAACCUGCAGCUGGUCCGAGAGGUGGACGACCGCCACACCAGCAUGGAGACCCUGAACCAGACCAGAAUCAGGUCAGGACUGAAUUUGGGCUCUAAGGGUCCUAUUUACACAACCUGAACUACUACAAGUGAUGGUGCUUUAUGGAGAUGCGUCUAAACCCAUACUGCAUUGAAAAUCAUUGUAGCUUAUCCAUGCAGAGGUCUUAUGAAUUGGCUACCUUACAACGAGCAAGAUCAUGCUCUGCACACAGAGUACGAGCUGCUGCCCUCUGGUGGAGGUUUAGAGUUCAGAUUUGAAUGUUCAUUUAUUCCUGUGUCUGUGUAGCUUAUAAACGUGGGCAGGUAAAACCCAAAAGGCUGGACCUGAUGAUGUUUUGUGCUUUUGCACUGCUGCUGGUUACAUUGAAUAUUUUUCAAUGUUGUGUAUUAUUUAUUUCAAAGCUGGUAUCUUUUACUGAUAUUUAUUAUUUGUACAUGAAUACAGUCAAGUAUUUAAAGAUUGUUUAGUUAUACUCUCUGUGUGGCAGCAUGUUGGGUGUAACGCACCAUCAGGGAUCUUUCUAAUAUUAAUUGUACACUUUCAUAUUGUGUGAAACUUCAGGGACCUGGAGCAGGACUUCCGUGAUAGGCUGGCAGUUCUGCGCACUCAGUCAGAGCAGGAGAGCGAGGUUUUGCUGCAGCAGGUGGAAAGAGAGCGCAGCACGCUGCAGGACGAGCUGCAGCUGUUUAAAGCACAGGAGGCCAGGCUGCAGGAAGAGCUCUGCAGUGCUGCACAGGUGAGCCCCCAUCACUUGUACUUAACCCUCACCUACACUGCACUUUACUCAAAGACUGUCUGAAGACAAUGUAGCAAAUUCAACAAUCCCUCUGAGUGUAAUCUCAAGGCUUGCUAUUCAAUCUAACUCUGAAAACAGAUGUAUGCAAAAAAUUAAAAAAGUAUUUUUUCCACAAGUAAGACACCAACAUGUGUAGAACUGAACUAUUUUUUUAUACUUCUACAUUUGAACCCCAUGAGACAGCUGCUGAGUGAAGUGUCUUUAAUUUCCCACAGCGGUUAUAGUGAAUAUUCCAGUAUGAUAUCUUACACUUUCAGGAGAACAGCCAAUUGGAGGAGGAGCUGAGUGCUGUGAAGUUAAAGCUGACUGAAGCAGAGAGUUCAGUAAACAGACUCCAGAAGGACCUGGACCAGCUGCUGCAUGAUAAGGUAACUAAACCCACCUAAACAUCAACAUCAGCAGCUUUCACAUAGAGAGACUAUAGGUCCUGAAUCUGGUGACCAGGACUGACAUCUAAACUGUUAACCAUCAUCUUAACCAAACAAACCAUUUAAUCUAUGAGAACACAUCCAGCUGUGUGGACAGAAGCGUCCAUCAGGAGAACAUCUGCAGGAAACAGACAUCCUGCUCAGAAAUCUUCAGCCCUAAUCCUCUUUCGUACAUUCAGCUGUUAGGGUUGUGUUUUUUGUUGAAAAUGUGUGAAACUGGCUGAGAGUGUUGCAGCCACCACAACCACCCCAGAGAUUGAGGAAUGUGAUACACAGAGAGAAGAAAUUAAUCUAGCAGUCCCAGUCAGCAGUGCACACCUCCAGGAUUACUGACAUUUUAGCAAGUAAAAUUUUAAAAAAUGUGAUGUGCUUAAAAUUCUAGACAAUAGAAGUGUUUGAAAGUAAAUUGAAGAAGUUAUAUCAAGCAUCUCACAUUGACAAAUAUCACUUUUGAUCAGAAAAACAGGGUUAAUUUUACAUGUUAUGCAGAGCACAGUAUCUCUCUACUUAUCAAAGAGGGACUGAAUACAGUACACCGCCUAGGUCUGCAGGCGUCCUGCAGAGGGCGCUCUGUUACACAUAAAACACCAGUCCCAUUGGGGAGCUAACAGGAUUUUGUUACACAUGGCAUUGACAUGAUUGAAAUAGCAAAAUAAUGACACAAAGUCCUCACAAAGGUUUAAAUACAAGAAAAAGAACACACACUGGGUGAGCUCAAACACUCCUGAACCAUAAGCUACAACCACAGCUACUAAAAACUGUAAACUGAAACUAGAACGGAUAAAAAACAGACUUUAUUGAAACUUUUCAUGCUGUGACGGUGCCACACUAGUCCUCACAAAUAUACGAACAUAGAAAUACACUCACAAACUCACACACACACACAUGCAGUGGUGUAAGGUGACCUGUUGCUGGUAAAUUAUAGAUGAAGAUUUCCCCCUGUGACUUCAGUUCAUUCCUCCUCUUCUUUUCUGUGAAUGAUGGCGAUGACUUCUGAUCUGUUGGUCCACGAUAACCAAUCAAGUGUGUUUGUGUGUUUUUUUGAUUGACAGUUUGGCAGCUUGGACCCGUCUGGCUCUGGUCUGAGUCACGAGGAGCGGUUUUCAGAGAUCAUCAGAGAGUACGAGCUGCAGUGCAGGGUGAGACUCAGUUCAUUUGUGUGUCUUUGUUAAAGCUCAUAAUCUAACAUGUAAACUUUGAUGUUCUCUGACUGGUGUAGUCUGUCUAAUGCUUGUUUCUGAUUGGUGGUGCAUCUGUCUAACCUCUGUCUCUGACUGGUCUAGUGCCUGUUCAAUGCUUGUCUCUGAUUGGUGCUGAGCCUGUCUAAUGGUCAUCUCUGAUUUGUGAUAAACUCGUCUAAUGCUCGUCUCUAACUGGUGCUGAAUCUGAUCCCAUCUAUUGGAUGUCUCUGACUUUAUGUUCUAGUUUGAUCUAAAUCAACUGCACAAUCAUGAGUUUCGAAGUUUAUCUCCUUGGUUGAAUUAAUAUAGAGCUAAAAACCAUUGGUCUCAGGCUGUGGUUUUAUUUCUAACCUGAUGACAGCAGAUCUAACAGAGUGAUCUCUCAGCUCGAUGUUGUUUCAUAAUGACCUGUAAAAGAAACAUUUUCAUGGAUGUAUAUGAGCUGAAGGUGUCUGAAUGUCAUUUUUUGUCUGUGCACUUCAACGCCUCAUGCUGCCUCAACAGAAAAUCAAGGUGAGAACAGGAGCUCACUCGGGUGUCAUGCGUCUGCUGAGUGUGAGCUGUUGUUUCUCCAGUUUUCUCCUGGCUUAAAUUGUUAUGAUUUCCACUAAAAUCAAGUUCAGCAACAGUUUUAUUUAGUUUGACUCUGUUUGGGUAGGUUAGGUUCAAACUAUUGUAGCCUAAUUCAGUUCAGUUUAUAGAUUUUAAUCAUUUAAGGUACCACUUAUGUUGAUUGAGUUGUGUUCAUGUAACUUGAAGACCUCAGAUAUUUUAGCGCCAGACUUAAGUCCUUCAAAAGGCCCCAUAGACCUCAGGAAGAGAUCCAGAGUGUGGGGCUCCCUCACCUGUUCAGCUUUGCAUGGACUCCUAAAAUAUACUGUGCUGUCUUCUAAUAUGGAUUCUUUCUGUUUUGUGAGUGUUGUCAGCAGAAUGUGAAAUACAGGUGAAAAGAUCUAUGAAUGCCUGAUCAACAUAGUUUUUGUUACUCUUGUCGCCUGCAACCCAGAUCUGUAAACACUAGACCCUAGGGCUGGGCGAUAUGGCCUCAAAUCAAUAUCACGAUAUAUUGAGCAGUUCACUUUGAUAACUUUUAGCCACUACAACUUUUGAACCGUCCUCCAUCUCCUCACCUGUCUUUCCCUCUUUGUUAUGGACUGGAUGGGGUGGAGUCACGUCUACAACAUAGGACAUUGUCUUAAAGGGACAUGCGACCAUAGCCUACCAACACGCAUCCAAAACCAACUUUUAUUUAUCUAAUUUUUUUGACACCGAAUAUAUUGACAUGGGCAAAAUGACGUUGGUUAUUGUCAUAAAUUUCAGUAUCGGUUAAUUCUCGGUUUAUCGCCCAGCCCUAGUGGACCCUUUGUUUGGUUAAGUUCACUUUGGUUCAGUUUAGUUUAGUUUCAUGCAGUUCAUCUCAGUUUAGUUCAGAUUGGUUUAGUUCAGUUUAUCCUGGUUCAGUAAACUCUGAUCUUUAGAGCCAUCUCCACCCAGGUGUGUACCAGGUUUUUGAACCCCAGCUGUGUGGAUCAGGAUGACUGCAGUACUGAGUUAAGAUGUAAUAGUUCAUGUUUUUCCUCUCAGCAGACUCUCUCUGUGUGUCUAUCUGUUUGAGAGUUUCUGUUUUUUAAUCUGCUGUUGAUCUGUGGAAACAGAUUUAGUAACAUUUUAUAUAAACCCACCACUAAUAAUGCAUAUAUAUAUAUGAAGCAUUAUGCAUGUGUUUAUAAGCCUGUAUCAUAAUCUCUACAAGUGAUUUAAAACAUUCACAGCAGCUCAUAGAAAUGUUUGUCAAGUUACAAACUUAAGCUGAGCCCCCCCCCCCCCCCCCAAAAAAAAAAAAAAAAAAAAAGGAAAACAUUUAUAAUCAGUCAAAAUGAACCAAAUGUACACAGAUAUGUAAACAGCUGUUCUUUGAGUUUUGAGGUUGUUUUUUUUGUCUGACACUUGACCUACGGCCACAAAAUACUCUUUAUUUGUUCAUAUAAGUGGACUUUACGUUAGUAUCCUCAUACUGUGCUGUCACUUUAGCUCAAACACUCUCAGGUCAAACAUGUAAGUAAGAACACGACAUUGUCCUGAUUUGAAGAUCAGAGAAAUUAUAACUUCUUACAUUGAACAAGUUCUCUGUGGAUCUUUGUUACUGGAUCAAGUUGUUGGGGUUAUAGUGUGUAAUAAAAUCCACGAUCAAAAGCUGUUGUUUGUUUCACAUUAGGUUAUAGUGCAUUAUAAAUCAUACCUUCAUAAGGCAUUAUAUUCAUUGCUUAUAACACUUGAUAAACAUCGCUAUAAGCUGUUAUGAGUGGUAUUAGUCACUUAAAGGGAUUAAUUAAAGCCUUAUCAAUGUGUUUAUUAUGCUUCAUGAAUGUGCUCAUGAUGCAUUGUCGGUUGUGGGUUCAUAAUCGUUAAAAAAUACAUCUGUAUGUAAACGAUAAACUCUGACUUGGCUUGUUGUGUUCAGGAGCUGCGGGACAGAAACGACGAGCUGAGCUCGGAGUUGGAGCUGCUGAAGAGUCAGAGGAGUGACAGAAAAUCCAGACAGAGAGACGACGACAACUCUGCUCUUAGCUGGACGCAACAACAACAACCAGACGAGGCUGAGAGGGCAGAGUCAGACUCUGGUAACACACACACACAAACACAAAAUGUAAAUGUUCUUAAUUUAUACAGCCCUUUACAACAACCCUUUCAGUGAACCAAAGUGCUUUACAAUACAUAGUCAAUAAGAAUGAAUAAAUAAAAACAAUAAAAGCAAUAAAGGCAAAAAAAAGAACAAGAUACAAUGCAAUAAAAUAAAGCGUCACCAUGGUACUGGGAAUUAAAAGCCAGCAUAAAUAAAUAUGUUUCCUUAUGAGAUUUGAAGAGGUCAGGUCCAGGUCAGAAAUAAAUCUCAUUUUGUUGGGGAGCUUAUUCCAGAGCCUGGGACAGCAACAGAAAAGGCUCGGUCACCCCAGUGUUUGUGUUUCUAUACACACUGAGACAGCUCGGAGUCAGCCUGCUGCUGUUCAGCCUAACUUGUUAACACUGUGAGACAGAGCUGUGAUUGACUUCAAUGAAAACAGUCAUUCAGAGCACUCAAAGUCACCAAAACCAGUUCUCAAGAACCGGUCCUCAAUUUCCAUCCCUACUGAACAGAUAGACUGCCUUGAGAAGAGGAGCAGGUCCAGAACAAGAGAAACUUGGUGUUAGUCAGUGAUAGUCAGUGAAACAGAUGGUGUGUAUGUAUGAACACCGUAAGUCCAACAUGUUGCACCUUGAACACCUCGAACAUCUCUGGUCUCUGUGGUGUCAAAAAUCAAAGAUUCUCUCUCUAUCAAUGAUCUCAGCCGUGUCUGCUCUCUGGGGAUCAGUAUCUGCUGAGCAGGUUAGAGCUGUUCAGGUGGACACACCCACACACACACACACACACAUGCAAACACACAGAGAGAGCUGAGGAGUCCGUUUCAAGUCCGCAGCAGUGUGUGUGUGUGUGUCUGUGUUUUUGUGUGUGUGUUGUAGAUCACGGCUUCAUCAUGUCUCUCAGUGAGUCCAAUUCUCUCUCCUCAGUCUGCUCUUUGGCUCUGUGCGUGUGUGUGUUUUAGUUUGACACAGUGUGUAACUUUGUGUUGUGUGUUAUUUUGCUCAGAUGAGUCGGAUAUGAAGCGCAGCUCGUCUCCUCAGGUCAGGAAGAAACUCAAGCCAGCAGAUAGAACAGGUGAGGAGCACAAAACUUACGCACACACACGCGCCUGCACUCUUUGGUUGGUGUAUUACCUGUGUCUGUUGUAUUUGUAUGUGGGAGGGGCCAGCAUGGCUGAGUGUGAUAGGCUGUAUAAGCUGUCAGUCAGAGCUGCUUGGUAAUGCCCGUUUUUUUUUUUAUGUGACAUCAGACCCUGUUUGAUGGUCCAGUCUGUUUCUAACAUUCAAACCCGAUGACUUUCUGUUUUCAGGGACAAAUUGUUGAGUCUUUAAUCAUUACAGUUAAAAGCUUUGAGAAACUGCAAAGAAUCAAAGGUUUUCUGUCAGAACCCGCUGACUGUAAACAUGGAGGAGAGGAAGAAAGAAAGGAGAGUUAGGAGGUCAUCUGAAGCAGAGUCAGCACUGUAGAGCAGGGGUUCUACUAUGUUUUCAGGUGAAAUGUUUAAAACACAACUUAAGUGAGUCAGACCUACCUGAAUAAUCGCUGUGAGGCUCCAUGAAAGAGGACAGGUCUGAGGGUCAUCCAGAUGCUGAAGGACUGUCUGAUUAAUAGAAAUCUUUUCUGGGUUUCUGCCUACAGUCUUUUACAACCUCUAAGAGACUGAUCUGAAAAUACAACAUAGACAGCAGCACGAAGCAUGGUUUUGUCACAUUACAUCACCCUUGGUCAUCCAGCUGUCCCUCUGUCUCUUUCUCACCCUGCCUCUCUGUCCUCUGUGUCUCAGCUCUGGGCUCUCUGGACGUGGUCUCUGGUCCUGCAGUCAGUAUUCAGACUGAGUUAGCUUUGGAGCAGCUGAAGCAGAAACACAGCCAGGAGCUGCAGCAGCUGCACAUCCAGCUGGAAACACAGGUAACACACACACACACACACACACACACACACACACACACACACACACACACACACACACACACACACACACACACACACACACACACACACACACACACAUGUUUUAGGAAGUUACAAAACUCCAAACUGAACACAAAUUUACAUCCAACUAUCAAUAUUUUUAGUUUUAUAGGAUUAAUUUGUGUUUUCUAAAAUAUGUAUAUGUGAAAUACUUUUGUAUUUAGUUAAAUUUUGGAGGGUUUUAUAAUUCUAUUGAACUAAUUUCCUCAAAUAUUUGUUGCCAUUGACCUUCAGAGCCACUGCAGGACUCUCUACCUGUGCAUUCACUGUCCUCAGGUGACAUUAUUCAAAGUGUCUGAUUUGAUGGUCUAGUUGUUCUGACCUGCUGCUGUGGAGGAAGUGAGCUUCAGAUCUUAAUCACUGAAUGUAGUCAGCACACAGUUGACAAUGAUGAAUCCAUCCAUCAUACAGAAGCAGUCUUCGUUGUUGUGUGACCUUUGACCCAAGCAACCGAGUCCACACAGAGACCUUUAAACAGGAAACAUGAUCCUCUCUGCAGAGUCCACACACAGUGACAGUAUUUGAGUGUCUGAAAACUCAAACUUUUGAAACCGGGCUGUAGCUUCAAAUCUUCAAAUGACACCCCCUUUUCUGUUGCAAUGGAAACUAUCAACUUGCUUGAUGUCAUUGCCCCAACCACAUAUGCAUGUUAGUUUGCACAUGGUGUGUCCUGUGAGAUUUAGAGUUACAGUGCCAUCUACUGGUGUAGCAUGCAUACUGCGGCAUUGUUUUUGUGGAUCUGUGUACACGCUGACCAAGUUCACAAAGUUGUCACAUGAUCAGUUUUGGGAGUAAAUAUGUCAGAGUAUACAGAAUAUACAUCAUGUUACUGCUGCUAUGAAACUAAUCUGUUACAAUGUUACAUCUUCAUAAAUUUAGUCUUACUAAAGAAAAAGUCACAUUUUCAUCCCUAGUGACAGAAAAUUCUCAAAGCAUAUAGGCCAUUUUUGUCACCUGUCUACCUCCAUAGCUGUGUGCCAGCAGAAGCAGAAUACUGCAGGUGUUUCAGUGCACCUAUGUGGCUAGCUAACUUGAGUAGUGUUUGAGUAAGAUGAUGGAAAUAUUCCAUUAGUUAGUCAGUACUAAUGUUAAUCCCUCUCCUACCACUCCACCUUCCAGGUGAACUUCUACGAGCGCAGUCUGGAGAUGAUGAGACAGAGCAUGGAGGUGGAGCGUAAAGACAUUUCUCAGGCCUUCAAGGUAAAAACACCAACAAAGGGAACUUGAGUUAAAGGUGAUUAGCUGAGAUGAUUGUUUAUUUAGACAUGCAUUUACAUUUUGCACAGCAGGUUUUUCUGUUUAACAGUUAUGAAACUGAAUGUGUUUAAAUGUUACAGGAUACUGCAUUGCUGUAUUUUUGCCUAAGUCUGCUGUAGGCAUGAAUCAUAGUGAUGGUGUGUACAGUCAGGUGAGUUUUUUUAGGUCUGAUUGAUCCUGUGUGUGUCAGAUGGAGAUAAGUGAGCUGGAGGAGCAGAAAGUUCAGGUGGAGCAGCAAGUGAAGCAGCUGAAGGAGACGGUGGACAAAAUGCAGACUCAGAUCCAACAUGGAGGGGGAGGAGGGUGGAGCAGCGAACAGGACCGCAGGUGAGUGAGAAGACAGUCAGUGUGUAUUCCUAGCAGUUUCCUGUUUGGUUUUUCAGGUAACUCUUCCUAACAGGCCAUAAAGAGAGGUUACCUGAAAGGCUGGGCUUGUUUUAGUGCUGCAGACUCACAGUGUAUGCAGGUGCUAACAAAGACUUAUGGCAUCAGUCAACCUGUUGCCAAAAUUACAGCUAAAGGGUUAAGUUUUUGAUCAGCACUCACCUUCAAAUAGUUAAAUCAAACAGCUUAAUAAGUUUGCAUCUGAGCCAGCACUGUUGACCAUGUUUGGUUGUCUGCAUUUUCCCAGAAUGCAGCGGGAGCGAGCCGAGCUGGAGCAGAAUUAUGCGAGAGAGAUUGGUAACCUGGUCCAGAGACUGAGUUCAGAGAAGGACCAGCUGGAAGCUGAGCUGAAACUGAAGAUGGACCAGGAAGUGAUGCGGGUCAGGUGGGUGGUGAUCUCACAGCCUCCCCUGCUAUGCUUGUCUGUUUUAUAUUUACGGUAGCGAGAGUGUACAUGCACAUAUCACCUGCACCAGGGUUCCUGUACUCUUCAGUGUAUAUUAGAGGCUUUUAUGAGGAUGUCAGGUUUGUUUGUGUGUGUCUCUGAUGAUGGGAUUAAAAAUGUCUUGUCAAAUUAGAUAUGUUGCAGUGUGUUUAAAGUGUUAUUUUUGAAAUCUGAAAUCUCCAAAAUGAUACCUGUGAGAGAUCCAAGUCAGGACUGAAGUAUAAAAGUAGAGAAUAAAAAAACGUAAGCCAUCCUACCUUUGUGCAUGUCAGGGUUUGGUGGAUGUUGGGGUGUGGCAGAUUUUGGUAUGGACUUCUUGUCUCUUGUAGGAUGGUGGUACUUUAAACAAGAUACAACAAUAAGUUAGUUUGGACCGUACAUUCCUAGGUUACAGUUCCAUUUCUGUUGUAUGGCAAGAUUAAAUUUUAAAGCAGUCAAUUUUGUCCAGAGGGCAAAACAUGUUUCAUUAUUCCACUGCUUUCUGCCUUUAUACCAAAGUUGAGGUGGCUCAGGUUGUUCCCAGAGGAAGAGUUAUUCUUAGAAGGAAGUGUUUACGAUUAUGUUUCCAACCAAUCUUUAAAUUGGGGACUUCUUAUUGGUUUUAAGAUCGGGGUUCAAGAGACAUCUUUGUAUAGUCUAGGUAUAAAACAGGAGCCCACUAGAGCACAUUAUUCUACAUCAAACUAAAUGUUUAGCCACAGUCACCCACCAAACCCAUAUUAAACCUCUUACUUCUCCACUAGGUUCUUGGUAAAAUCACCUUUGGGGGCUGUUGUGUUGGAAAUUGCUUGGGGAUGCUGUAAAGCCAGUUUGCCACCUCCAUGCCAAAAACCACAAAAUCUUUCAAACUUUAAUCAGGCCUGAUGCAUUUGCUACGAUUGAUAAAUUUCAGAGCAAGUUUAGGUCUUCAGAAAGGCAAGCAAAGGAUAUAAAUACGAAUGAUCAUGACCAUGUCAGCAGAGCAUUCAGACUGUAACAGUCCCUCGCUGUAAUAAAGCUUUAAGAUGAGUUUAUGUAGCAGGUGUGAUGACUGUACGAGUAACACAGGUGGAUGAUUCUGAAGCUGUCCUCAUGUCCUCACUGUAACACAUCAUCAUUCAUACAUCAUGAACACUGUGAGCAGGGAGGACGCAGAGCAGCAGCUCUCUGACAUGAAGCUUCAGCAUGCAGACAUGCAGCAGUGCCUCCGUCACCAGCUCCACCAGGAGCGCCAGGAGCUGCAGAGGGAAAAACAGCUUGCACAAUCAGAGGAGGAGAAGCAACGACAUGAAAAGGAGCAGAUCAGGAUUCAUGCUUCUACACUUGAGCUUUCCUCGGAGAAGAUGCAUGAAGAGGAGAUCCGUCACCUCCAAAAGCAGCUUGACACUUUAGAGGCUGUCCUUCAGGACGCUCGGCUGCAGCUCAGCCGAUCAGAAGCCAGCUUAAAGGAGUUCAAGGACCGCUGUGGGCAGCUGGAAGCAAAUCUUGCCGCCUCUAGUGGGCGCUGUUCUGAGCUGGAGGCCAGACUAGAGGAGGCCUGCUCUCAGCUGGAGGAGAGCAUCAGCUUCCUGGAGUCUCAGGAGGAUCUGAACAGACGACUGGCUGAGGAGAAGAGCUGCGUGGAGGAGGAGCUGCAGCGUGUGAGGAGCAGCAAGGAGCAGCUCCUGCUCCAGGUGAGUGAGCAGAGAGAGGAGCUGGGACACCUGCAGGUUGCAGCUCACAGGAUCCAGCAGGACCGGCAGCUGGUGGUCGAUAACUGCAGUCAUCUAUCCAGCACCAUCGCCCAGCAGCAGGCCCAGCUUCAAGCCAGAGAACAGACCGUCAACGCUCUGAGGGCGGAGCUAGAGAACCUGCAGGACGCCAUGAGGAACAAAACAGAGUCUCUGUCCAGACUGUCAAACGAGCUGGACUCGCUGAGGACUGACAGGGACAAGCUAAUCCAAGACCUGAAGGACCAGGCCAUGGCUGUGGACAACCUGCAGCUGGAGCUGGACGGCGUCUCGGUGGAGUUGGAUAGGAAGAGGAGCAGUGAGGAGGCUCUGCAGGAGGCCCUGAAGCUGAAGCAGACCCACACCCUGCAGAUCCAGUCAAGUCUGGACGAGGAGAGGGAGGAGGUCUGCUGUCUGACUCAGGAGAAAGAGGGCUACACCCGACUGGCUGACCAGCUGUCCACACAGAUCGUCGAGAUGGAGGAGGAAAUCUCCACACUCAGAGACCACCUCAGGGACCUCAGCGCCCAACUCAACGAGACAGCAGACCUGGUCCUGGACCUCAGGAGACAGCUGAACUCUAAAAGCAGCGAGGUGGACCGGCUUGGGAUCGAGGUGGCGGAACGUGCUGGCCUCUUACAGCUCGCUAAGGCAUCCUCAGAGAAGGACCACCGUGAAAUCCAGCAGCUGACCAACCAACUGAAGGAGAAGAAAGGAGAGCUGGACCUGGUGGGACAGCAGGCCCUCGGACUACAGCAGGCCCUGCAAGAGCAGCAAGAGCAGCUGAGGGAAGCGGAGCAGGACUAUGAGCAGGAAAAGAGGAGGAUCAAACAGCAGCUGCUGGAGCUGGAGACGCUGGUCCUGGCCUUGGAAGAGGUGAUGGACCAGGCCAAUCCACGCAGGUUUGUGGAGCAUGAGACCGAGCUCAAAGAUCCAGACCCUGAUCUGAUCAAAUGAUGACUAACCUCCAUCUGCCGCCGAGCUUUAAACUUCGUCUCUGAAUGACUAAUCAUCAUUUUCCACAGGUAGACACUGUGACGAUGUUCAGUCAGUCCCCACAAUGCACUGCAGCCAGCCCACUCUGUGUGCCCGGCUUUAACUCUUCAGCUCAUCGCUAACCGAAUGACACAUGCAUGAAGAACUCUUCAUCCAUAACUCUGUCUGUGUGGUCCUGUCUGUCCUCCACACCUGUAAGCCUCUCUCUGUCCUCUCUGACUCUGAUAUGUUUCCUUUAAAGCUCCAAACAGAUCAGGCGAAGGUUAUUUCUGACGUCAGGAUCCAAACACUAGGACUCAGUCUGCCUCAAGUCAAGUCAAGUCAAGUUUAUUUAUAAAGCACAAUUAAGAAGACAGCAGUUAAACAAAGUGCUGUACAGAGGAUAAAUAAAAGAAGUAGGUAAAUAAAUAGAUAACAAUACAACAAUCUUUAUUAAAAACAGUGGAAUAAAAUACAGACAUUAAAAGAAUAAAAGCUACAGUACCUAUGAUUCAUGUGUGCUCAUCUAUCAAACACAAGGGAGAAAAGGUGGGUCUUUAAGGAUGAUUUAAAAGUCUCGAGGGUCUGUGAGGCUCUAAUAUGGCCAGGUAAACUGUUCUGGAGUCGAGGGGCGACUGCUGAGAAAGCCCUGUCACCUCUAGACUUGAGUCUGGUUUUGGGGACGCUCAAAAGCAACUGCCCAGAGGACCUUAAGGCUUUGGCUGAGGAGUGGUGAUACAGCUAACAAUAAAAUCAACUAAUAAGAAGAAUAAGACUCAAACCAGCAGACUGAAGGUAGAGGGAGAGUCCAGGUAAAAGGAAGAGGAGCAGCUUUUAAAAAUCAAAAUGUUUGUGGUUUUAGCUAAUAUUUGUGCAGAUAGAGACGGUUUGAUCAGUGAUAUAGAAAAAAUAAACAAGGGGUAUGAGCAGACAGCGAUCUGCUGUCAGGAUGGAAACAUGAAUCUGAAUCUGAUCUGAACAGAUGAACAAAAUUCAGUCUCAGACUGUUUGAAGCAGGCUGUAGCUUCCUGAUGCUGAGUGACCUAGCUAGGCCUCGCCUCCUUAUAGGAACAUUUGCCUGCAGUGUGUGAGCAGAUAUGAACCGGCUAAAUGUGGACAGACCCCCAUUUCAUUAGCCAGUAGAUGGUAAAGAUAAUAUCACUGACUGUACUGUCACCAAUAUUGAAAUUGCUGUUGUAAGAUUCAUUACAUUAUACCUUUUAUGUAUACUUCAGAUAUCCCGGUUUGCUUUUUGCUUUCUCUCUGUUGACCAAAAUUUCAACCCCUUCAAUUGUGGUAUGUGUCUAUAAUGAAACCCUUAAAAUGAUUUCUGAGGACCUCUUAGCAUGUCAAGAUGAAAGUAAUGAUCCAUACAUGGUUACCAUCCAAUUAACAAACGAUCAAGGACAAAACCACAGACCAGCUCCCAAACCGGCAGUCUAAAGUCUGUCACUCUCUCCCCUGAGACUGCUGAACUUCAGGUCUAUCCAGACUUAUGGACAUAGGACAGAGACCUGGCUGGUUAACUUAGUCCUGAUGUUUCCAAACUUGAUAAAGUCUCUGAAUGAAGCAGACACAGAUUUAAAUGAUCUCAGCUGAGUCGUCUAAUACAUAAAAACACCAAUCAGGUUUUUAGGCCCACACACCGUGAUUUAACCACAUAAAUCUCUGUGAACUUUGCUUGUUUGUCAAACAUUUAUUGACUCCUGAUUAUCAGUCAGCUGAUUGCAGUUGUGUGAUUCAGUAAAGUAUCCAUUCUUAGUGUGUAUAUGUUUGGGUUUGUGUGGGUUUCAGGGGUCAGUUGGAGGAGGUCCGCUUAGAGAAUGGAGUUCUGCAGGAGAGACUGAGUGUCCUGCAGCAAGAAGUUCAGAGCCUGGAGGAUGACGUCUCCAAAAAGAGGUGAGAACAGAGCUGUUCACCUGAGCUGCCUGUCUCUCUAGCCACCACUGUUUGUGUCAGUGAUGUGAAAUGUUGGUGUGCUGUCAGACACACAGGAGGAGCAGGUGUGUGUAUGUCUACUAAAGGUUUGUCCUCUUUCAGGAGAAGGCUGGAGGAGAUGGAGAAAGAGCACGAGAGAAGCAGAGAGGAGCAGGAGAGGCUGCACAAAGAGGUGAGACUCUCAGCUGUGCAGCUAAAUUAUAUAAACUCUGACCUUUGACCCCUGUGAGGAUGACUACACAUCUUCUCCCACUCCUUUUCCUGCCCCCUGCAGAACUCCCGGUACCGUGAGGAGGUUCUGGAUCUGAGCAGCAGAAACCUGCAGCUCAGCAACGACAACGCUGAGCUAAGUGCCCGUCUCUGUGGAGACCAGAAGUCUGUUCAGAUGCUUCAGGAGCGCCUAGUGACUGUCUCCAAGGAGGAGGAGGAGAAGGCAGCCACGGUGAGCACACAGAGAGAAGGGGGACUCUUUUAGAGUUAAAUGUUUCAGUGUUUCUGCUAAUCUUCAGACUCACCUUCAAGAUAGUCCAUGGUUCCUGUGGUUCCCCAUAGUUCGUGGAGCUCUGAGAGAGUUCCUGUGGACUGACAGACCUUUGGUUGUGGUUUCAGGUGCGGAGGUUACAGGAUGCGGCGGGGCAGCAGGAGAGGGAGAGGAUGCAGGAGCAGGUGGUGUGGACCCAGGAGAGACAGCAAAUGGAGAGAGACCUUCAGUCCUAUAGAGAGAAGGUGCUGUGAUUCAAUCAUCUGACCUGACACAAACACGCUAGGCAUGUUAACGGAAACUUUGGGACAAUUUCUCUCAACAGAACUGAGGAAAUCUAACUCAUUACAAACUCCUGUUUAACCCCUGUCACCUCUGAGCAGCUUGAAAACGUGUCCAAACACUUUUAAAGUCAGUUUACUAGCUUUUGGACAGUUUGAGCAACCGGUGAGCUAAAAAAUGAAUUACUGUGAGGGGAAGAGAAACUGCAUUUCCUCUAGUGUCCACUCAAGGCACUACAAACGUACAUUUAAGCAACGUCACAAUAGCAGUAACUAAGUGAUUGAAGUAAAAUAGAGACCUCCAGAAUCAAAGAAUCAAUCCAAUGCAGACAUGUAAAGGUGCAGUUCUUCUUUUGUCCACUAGAGGUCAUGUUUGGCAGUAAGUCAGUCCCCAUAGAACUUGAUGUUAAACUGUCUAUCUGACCUGCACCAGGUUUAAUGAUGGUUUUUUUUCUCCUUUUAUUCAGUUGGGGCGUCUGUCUGAGGUGGAGGCGGAGCUCAGCAACAUGACUCUGAAGCGCCAGUGGUUGGAGGACGACAAAAACAGACUGCAGAGAGAAGCAGAUGAGCGAAACAACAAGGUGCAGACUCAGACUGCAGAGAAGUUAAAACCCAAACAGAGUAACAACCAAACAGAGGGUCAGAACUAACUCAGUCUGUGUUAUCAGGUGGAGAAGCUGCAGCAAUCACUGCUCUCUGUGGAGUCGGAGGCGGAACGUCUGCGCUCUCAGCUCCAUGCUGUCAGUCAAGAGAAACUUGGCCACGCCCAGGGAGUGAGUGACCUUCAGAAGAAGCUGCAGGAUGCACAGAGAAAGGUCAGUUUCUAAAUCUGUGUUCACACUGAACAUUAGUAAAAGUAUUUGCUGGUUAAAACAGCGAGUGUCUGAACACCGGAACUCCAUACUGUGUCUGCACGAGUGCUCAGAGACUCAGACUUAUACAAGACAGGCAAGGUUUCCUUCACGUCAUGUCAGUAUGUUUAUAUCAGUCACAGUUGACUUUGAAUACAUUAUAAGGAUUUAUUGUCUGAUAAUCUGACCCCCUCACUCUCCCCUCUCCAGGUGAGCCUUUUGUUUAUACCUUUCUCAAUAUUGAAAACAAGUCGUAUAGCUCAGGGAAGCUGCAGUUUGUCCUCCAUAUACAAGUUAAUAAAUCUCCACCGCUUUGUGGCCGGAAGUCAGAUUUUCAACUCCACAAAUAAGCAAAUGAACAAAGUAUUGCAUCACACUGGGGCUUUCACCAACUCAAUAAAUCAAUGACUAGUCGGCUACUUAAGUGCUACCAAGUAAUUGGAAAUUCAAUCCCACAGUGAAUCUUGGCUCUUACCUGCAGCUAGAGUUGUUUUUCUUUCAAGAGCCUUGCUGCAGUUUUUCUGUUCCUGUAGAUCAAAUAUUAGUUUGAAUAUUCUGACGUCUCACUGUGGGACAAUUGAGCUGCUUGUGUAACAGAACACAGUUUUAUUGUGCACCAACACCAUUGUUUCUGCAUCUGUCUUACAGAGCAACAACUAAAAUUUAGAAAAAUGGUCAACAAGUUAGAAUAAGUAGUUGUGAAACUCCUACAAUACACUUAAUUUUGGCUGUUUGUGAUGAACAUUUGCACCAUUUAUGUUACCAACAGGAACUUGCAUCUUCUCUGGCCUUAACUUUGACUUAAUCUUAUUUGCAUCCUGUGUGAACGAAACAUCAGAUAUCCAAAUGCUGCAGAGAGCAGAGGAUGAGUUUUCUUUAAUUGUGAUUUGAAUGGUCACACAGUCAAAGUCUGUACCCCUGACCUCUGACCUCUGACCUCUCUGUUGCUCAGUCAGACUCGGUCAAACCUCCUGCUUUGAUCCCUGACCAUACAGCUGGUGUUUUGUGGUCUUUCAGAUGGAGGAGCUGGAGAGCAGCGUCAGGAGGCUGAUGAAGGAGAAGGAGGAGCUGAGUCAGGAUUUGGAGGAGCAGAAGGAGCAGACCUCCAUCAGUCUGCGUGAGGAGACCCACAAACUUAGAGUCCAGAACCAGGAGCUCCAACAAAAGGUACUUCCAGCCAGUAUGACUGUAAAUAUGAUCAAGAUCAGGGCCCGUGUCCACUGACACAGGGGGAUGGUUUUGGGUCUGCUCUCUCACCUGGUCUUGCUUAAUGUUUGAUCAGCUGGUGAGAAGUGCUCUGACAGAUAGGAGGUAGUCCUGCACGAAACCACAGUUAGCAGACACAGGUCUUAACUGACAGAGUUCAUGGAGACUGACUUGUUGCUGUUUGUCAGCUGUCUGAGCUGCAGGUUCAGGGUCUGGACGUCCACAAACUGACCCAGGAACAACAGAACUUGAAGACUAAGCUGAACCAGCUUGAGACGGCCCGAACACAGGCUGAGGACCAGGUCAGGAGAUCAACCAAGACUUCAGCCCACACAAUGAUCUGACACCAAACAUGGCAUCAGAGUUAAAAAAAUGUCUAAUGCUGUGUUCAGGUUUUGCGGGCCGACACGGCACUCAGUCUGGCCCAGGCGCAGCACCUGAGGCAGAUACAGGAGCUGCAGGAGCAGGUGGGGGCCGGCUGCAGAGAGCAGGCGGAGCUGCUGCAGGCUCGGCUGCAGGAGGAGCAGAGGAGGAAUCAGCAGCUGGAGGAGACACUGAGGCUGCAGAGCCAACAGAGCAGCUCGCAGAUCAUCAUGAAGCAGGUAGGAUGGGGAGGAAGGGUUUCACUCUUCCGCGGAGUUCUGUAGUCUGUCCUGCUCUUGAAUGAAACUUUAUCUCAUCAAGUGUUUCUGCAUCUGUGUUAUGUUCAGGAUCAAUACGAGAAGACGGUGUCAACCCUGCAGCAGAGGAUGGAGGAGCUGGAGACCAAACUGAAGGGAGUCCGGCUGGUCCUGCAGGAGAAGGUCCAGCAGCUCAAAGACCAGGUGAGUCCUCAAACAGGUCCUCACUCUUGUCAGCCAUCCUCUGAUCCUGAUGUGACUCGUUUAAUUCCUCCUGCAGAUGGCAAAGAACACAAAGUCGAGCAUGCUGCUGAAGAAUCUGUACAUGGAGAACUCCGAGCUGAUGAAGGCUCUGCAGGUCACAGAGAAGCGGCAGAAGAGUGCCGAGAAGAGGAACUCCCUGUUGGAGGAGAAAGUCCGCGCUCUGAACAAACUGCUGAGAGAAAUCGUCCCCGCCUCGCUCGCCACGUAGCUGCACAACCACGCAUCAAAAACCUCAGCCACAGCUGCUCCGAGAUCAGUUUCACUGAAGCAGCUUCAGCAGGGAGACAGACACAGUGCAGAUGAGCCUAGCUUAGCACAAAGACUGGCUACAGGAGGAGGCUGCUCUCAGACAUGUCAGACACUCUGUGAAGUUAGAGGUGUGACAGGUUUUUUUAGACCUCAGUCAACAAAGUGAGACCAAAUUAAGUCUGAAGGAAACACAAACUAAUGAUCUAAAGAUGAAUAAGAUAUUUAUACUCUAUAUUUAUACCCUAUACUGAUACUCUAUACGUCAAAAGACGGAAAAAAGAGACUUCAGUUUAACUUUAGGUGACUCUUUUGAAGAAGAGGGAAGAGUUUCAGAGUUGUAUUUGUAGAUUCUGUUCAGGUGUGAAUAAUUGAUAGAGAUAUCCAUGGAGUAUUGAUCAUAUUGACCUAUCACAACAUCCCUUUGUUUGUUCAACCAAUCAGGUAUCAGCAGGGAAAACAGUCUGUAUGGAGAGCAAAAGCAGGAGAGUCACAGUCCACAAUAAUGAAAUCCAUCUCCUAUCGUUGGUAAUCUGAGGAGGAUUUCCUUCUCUGUUUAAACAUCAGCUAACAAUCAGAUCUAGAUCAAACAUUUACACUGAGACACUAAUCUGACUGACGCUGAGUCACUAAAGACAAUCAGGGUUAAGAUUUCCUGUGUGUUUAACUACUCGCAGUGAUGCUAAGACUCACCACAAACAGAUGAACAGCAAGUCAGCAUGAGCACUGAUUAUGAAGGAUAAUUUAUUUUACACCUGGAAUUCAGCAGAAGGGGUGGGAUCAUGUAGCAGUUUAAGAUUAUACAGAUGUCAUGUUGUAAAUUAUUGAGUCUCUAAAUCAAAAUGGAUUUUAUAGUGUCUUGUUUUCAGUAUGUUUUAGCCUCUGGGGACUCUCUAGUUUCCUCUGCUAAGUGUUAAAGGUUUCAAUGAUGCCAAAGUUCAACCAUUAUGAACCUGAUUUCAGCGUUUUAAAGUAAAACCAUCACAGUGAAACUUGUGAUAAAACAGAGACCAGGUGAGAUAAAGGUGUGCAGCUGUAAUCUCAGGUGUGUCAAGGUGUGGGCGUGGCCUCUUACCUGAGUCAACAGCAGCCUUACCUGUAAUGACACUGUAUCGAGGUGAGGGUUUGUGUCUGUGCUCUUCCCUGAAGCUGCUUCACAUCAACUGAGAGAACCAGUCUAACCACACACACCCAUGCACGCGCACACACACACACACACACACAAACGGAGUCCUGUGGGACAGCACUGCUCUGAGUAUUUCACCAUGAGGGUAUUAUCAUUAUUAUUGUUAUUAUUGAUGUUUCUUUUCCUUGUUUAUUGAUGUCUUUAUGUCAAAGUGAGACUUUUAUUUUUGUGACUGCUGUCCAAUCACAACUUCAGAUUCCUGUGUCCUGUUCCAGUCUGUAGAUUGAGACCUGCUCUGAUCCUCCUUACCUGUCCAGGUCAAUCAAACCAAAUGACUCAGAUGGCUGUGGGGGGGUCACAGACUGAGCUGGCCGUGAGAUACUGUAUGAUGAAGAGCACAUUAAAUUAUGUUUUUAUCUCACA